AUGUUUCACAAAAUAGCUCUUGAGUUCACCAAAUUAAAUAAGAAGGUCAUCCCAAGGAUCCUACAGUGGAAAAGGGUGAUAGACAUCAGUUGGGAGUCUUGUAUGUCAUUUAUACAUGGAUAUGAGGAAGUUUAUAAACAUUUACGGCCCCGACUUACACCAAACAAUGUCGAGCACUCUACUAUAUGGUGGAUAGAAAGCUCCCCUUUUUCUAAUGGUGUUCAAGAUAAACAGGCCAAAAGGACACCAAAGAAGAUGGCUCGUAUUGGUGUCCCCUCAUCCUCAUCAAUGCACAAGCAGAUUAGACCAAUACCGUUUGCCGCCACCAUUAUGGGUACAUAUGAGGAGAGGUUAACAAAGAUCGAGGCUACAAUCCAAGGGACUACAGACUUGUCAGAACAUGAUUGCGAACGAUAUGGUGCAGAUUAA